AUGGGGGAGACGGUGGUUAGCAUGGCUAGGUUAAUGCUGAGAGGCGCCAUCACCGUGGCCACCUCUGCCGCCGCCGCCGAGGUGGGCCUCCUCCUCGGCGUCAGAAAGGAUAUCUGGUUCAUCAAAGAUGAGCUCGAGACGAUGCAAGCAUUCCUCGAGGUAGCUGAAACAAUAAAGAAGAAAGAUGUGUUACUAAAGGUGUGGGCAAAACAAGUAAGGGAUCUUUCAUACAAUAUUGAAGAUUGCCCCACUGAGUUCAUGGUGCACGUGGGAAGCCAAAGCUUCUUACGUCGACUCAUGAAGCUCAAAGAUCGCCAUCGGAUAGCCAUACAAAUUCGUGAUCUGAAAAUAAGAGUUGAAGAAGUAAGCAUCAGGAACACACGCUACAACUUGAUAAGAACAGAUGUGUCUGGUGACAUUGAUGAAGUAAAUUCCCACAUGGAAGAUCUUCGCAAUCUCUCGGCUAGCAACAUUGAUGAAGCAGAGCUUGUUGGCUUUUCCAAGCCUAAGGGGGAGUUGAUUAAGUUGUUGGAUGUCAACACUAAAGAUGGUGUUGCCAAGGUGGUAUUUGUUGUUGGCAUGGGUGGUUUAGGAAAGACUACUCUUGCAAGAAAGACAUAUGAAAGCAAGGAAGCUAUUUUCAAUAAUUUUCCUUCCCGUGCUUGGAUCACAGUCUCGCAGACGUUUUCCAAGAUAGAGAUGCUCAAAGAUAUGAUCACUCAACUUUUUGGAAUUGAAGAAUUGAAACGACGGUUGAAGGAACUUGAGGGGAAGAUAGUGCAAGUAGAUGAUCUGACCAGCUACCUCAAGGUAAUGCUACAGGAUAAGAGGUACUUUAUUGUUCUUGAUGACUUGUGGUCCAUCGAUGCGUGGAGGUUGAUAAAAGAUAUUGCUAUUCCUAGUACUAACAUCAAAGGCAGUCGGAUAAUAGUAACAACACGCGACAUUGGCCUAGCUCGGGAGUGUACUUUUGAGUCGCUUAUUUACCACCUUAAGCCCCUACACAUAGAAGAAGCCACAAAUCUGCUACUCAGAAAGACAGGGAGAUCGCACAACGACAUAGAUAAUGAUGAGAACAUGAGGAUCAUGGUUUAUAAAAUAGUAAAAAAGUGUGGUUGUUUACCGCUAGCUAUACUCACCAUAGGAGGCAUGCUUUGUACCAAAGUGGUAGAAAUGUGGGAAAGCAUAUAUAAGCAAAUCCCAACAGAGCUUGAGAGUAACCCAAGCCUUGAAGGAAUGCGGAGGAUGGUUACGCUGAGUUACAACCACUUGCCAUCCCAUCUUAAAUCAUGCUUUUUAUACUUGAGCAUCUUUCCUGAGGAUUUUGAAAUAAAGAGAAGACGUUUGGUCGAUAGAUGGAUAGCAGAGGGGUUUGUUCGACCUAAAGGUGGAGUGAAUAUUGAGGAUGUUGGAAUACAUUAUUUCACCGAGCUAAUCAACCGAAGCAUGAUUCAACCGUCAAGAGUAAACAUAGAAGGAGUCGUUAAGAGUUGUCGGGUCCAUGACAUCAUUCGUGAUGUCAUAGUCUCGAUUGCUAGAGAUGAAAGCUUUGUGCACCAUGCAGGAGAUAGUGAGACCGGUGUAGUAGAUGGGAACUUCCGUCAUGUAGCAUACCAUGAUAGCCAGUGCCAAAGUAUUGUCAUGGAUUGGAGCCAUGUUCGUUCAUUAACAUUGUUUGAAGGAACAACCAUGGAGCCCUCACAUUCAGUGUGUUCAACAAACAUGAGGAUGCUUAGAACCUUGGAUCUAAAUAAUACACGGUUUAGAAUUAGACAAAAAGAUAUCGACAACAUUGGGUUGUUGUGCCAUUUGAAAUAUGUAGAUUUUAAUGGACCUUCAAAUAUAUGUUCACUUCCAAAGUCUAUAAGGAAAUUACGAGGACUACAGAACUUGGACAUUAGAAACAGUUAUAUAGCAGCACUACCAACUGAGAUCAGUGAACUCCAUAGUCUCCGCAGCCUUCGCUGUAGCAAACGGGCUUCAGACAGCUUUUUUGACUGUCUGAUGCACGCUGGCCUACGUAUGGCAUACUCUAGCCGGUGGUCCGAGGCAAAUGGUGUAGGGGUUCCAAGAGGAAUCUGUAAAUUAAAGGAGCUACAGAUACUUGAGGCGGUUGACAUCAAACAAACCAGCAAGAAAGCAGUCAAAGAGUUGGGGGAGCUUAUUCAGCUAAGGAAACUGAGUGUGGUAGGUAAAGGAAGGUUUCCCCAGCAAAACCUCAAGAUACUUUAUCUCAGUGCUUCCAUAGAGAAGCUCUCUUCCCUGCGCUCUCUUAGUCUGGAUGUUGACCUUGAUGGAUCACUCGAGUGGUUGCAUAAUGUUUCCUCCCCUCCUUCCCUGCUAAAGAAGUUAACGUUGGCUGGAGAACUUGGAGGGAAGAUGCCCGAGUGGGUUGGAAGUCUGAAGCAUUUGGUGAACAUUCACUUGGGGUGGAGCUACCUAAAGGAAAAUCAACUCACGGAAGGGCUAGAAAAGCUGCCGAAGCUCAUGCUCCUCGGUUUACAUAAUUGUGCUCAUGAUGGGAAGAAGCUAGUGUUCAGAGCAGAAGGAUUUCUAAAUCUCAGGCAACUUAGUAUUGAUCGUCUGUAUGACCUGAGGGAGUUAAUAUUCCAGAAGGGUGCAUUGCCCCAAAUGGAAAGGAUAGAAUUCAGUUAUGUCGAGUUGACGUCAGGGAUUAUUGGUAUCAACCACCUGCCAAAGCUCAAGGAGAUUUCACUUGAUUACAGAGGCAGAGUGGCGAAGCUUGGUGCGCUGCAAGCUGAAGUGGACGUACACCCCAACCAUCCUGUGCUGCAACUAAACAAAGACCACAGCGAGCAUGACUUGGGGGACGUCGUCCAAGGAUCUGAUGAUGCAGAAGCAGAGGAGGAACCAUCUACUGAUAGUGAACCAUCCCUUUAUCCUGAGCCUGCAGCAGUUGGAGAAAGCUCCUCACAGGUGACGAACCUCAGUUCCCGGAAAGAAAUCCUUCUAUAA